UCAGCAUCGGCGCGCCAUGGAGCCGAGCGAUGACGGCAUGCAGCCUGUGCCGCCUGGACGGCCCAAGCAAAGCUGGAAAUACAAAGCUGCAGAUGUCACCAUGGGCUUCUCCUCUUUGCUUUCGAACCAGCGCGGUCCAAAGCCACUGAGACGUCCUCCUCAUGUGGUCACGAAGGGAAGCCCUCCUUCUGCACGGAAUGUUUGCGACAACUGCUCAGUUUCUCAAAUGCAAGGUCUUUUACCGGCACCCAAUGUUGAGAGCGAAGAUGAUGUGGAUCAAGUGAAGCAAGCACCGCUCCCUGGCGUACUUGGCAGUGCCGUGGCCACUGGUGUGCCGUGUCCUGCUGGCAAAACAGCAAGGCCAGACACCUGCUUCAUGACACACCGAUAUGUGAAGCAGGAGAUGGCCUACCUGGCACGCCGCAUCGAUGAAGUAGGGCGAUACUUUUUGGCCCUUGAAUCGAUGCUGGGUUCUGGAGCCUUGGGGCCUGUGCUGGAGCGAUGCCUCAAGGAACUUGAAUUCUAUUUGCAGGAGCCAGAGAAGUUGGAGGAAGUUGAGGAAGCGCAGAGUUUCAUCGAUGCUGCGAUCCGACUUGGGUUGAGUCCUGUGAAGUACAAGCCGUUGCAAGAUCGCUUAUCCUGGUUGUGCCAUGGCAGACGUCAAGAGGAGCUGAGAGCAGAGUUGGCGAAGGCUUCGUCUGCAGAAGAUGCUUUGACCCUUCAGCAACUCAUCGAUGACUCCCUCAGAAGUGGAAUUGCUGCCAGAGAGAUGCAGCCAGCGCGUCUGCGGUUGCAAGAGCUUGAACAGCAGGACUACAAUGAGAGGUUCUUGGCCGCUGCUUGCGCGGGUGAUGUGGAGACGGUGGAGGAAACUUUGAGGAAAAGAGGGGACUGCAACUCGCAACAGAAGUGCUUUCCUGGCUUCUCAUUGUGGCACAUUGCUGCAGAGAAGGGUGACCUAUCCUUGGCAGAGCUGGCGAAAUCUUUCAAGUGUAAGACGGCGUUGCUGGACCAUUCUGGCUGGAGUGCCUUGAUGUUGGCCUCCGCAAGGCACGACCAUCGCUUGGUCCGUGCCCUGCUGGAUGCUGGAGCUGAUCCCAGCACCAGGAGCUCGAGUUCCGAGAUGAUUGUGAACUGUGACACGGAUGAACAGUUGCAGUCAGUCAAGGGACGCCUGGAUGAGACUGGGCGCAUCGGUUGCUUUUUUGAAUGGACCAACGCCACCACCGCUGCGACCUUGGAUCUUGGGGACCAGCUGCUGGCUGGGGAAGAGCUGCUGUUGCCAACGUUCCAGAGAGUUGGUGGUCGAACAGCCCUGCACACUGCUCUUUUGCGACCGGGGCAUGAAAGCAACAGAAUUGCGGUGCUGGAUCAGAUCCUAUCUCACGACAUAUCUGGGGCUGGUGCCCUCGUGAAUGUCCAGGAUGACAUGGAAAGAAGCCCUCUGUGGUAUGCUGUGAAGGCAGGAUUUGUUGGAUGCGCUCGACAUCUCAUUCGAGCUGGCGCGCUUGUUUCCAUGGGCUCCAUGUCUUGUUUGCGGGCUGCUGUAAUGUUUAUUUCUGAAGAAGCAGCUGAUGAUUCGGUGAUGUGCUGUGGCGAAGAUAUGUGCCGACUACUCCUCCGGAAUGGAGCAUCUGACUGCAUGGAAGAGAUAGCAGAAGCAGAGGCUGUUUUGGAAGUUGACCUACGUAGCUGUCAGGGGGCUUUAGAAUUGGAAGAUGCUCUGGAUGCUGAUAUUACCGCACAAGUUACGUUUUUAGAGUGCAGCCAAGCGCUUGAAGAUGACUACGAUCUGCGCUUGUUGACGCAGCGCCCACAGAGGAGCAUUGCCUCAGCGGAUGAAGCAGCGGACUUCGCCCGUGAAGUUCGGGAAGAGUUG